GGGGACAGACGGAAGGAAGGAUAGGAGCACUUGCCUGCUUCUUCAUCAUCCUUGUCCCCCUGCUCCUGUCCCUACACUGCCGUAGGUGAAUUUAUGACUCGUUUGGAAGAAAGUGAAGCUGAUGCUGUGUGAGAAGACGACACCAGGUUCGGGCUCAAACCUGCGCUGUCCAGUACAGCCACUACCCACACAAAGCUGGUUAAAAUCAUAUUAGUUAAAAUUCCAGUUCCUCAGUCACACUUCAAACACUCAGUAGCAGUGUGGCUAUUUAAAUUUAACUAAAUUUAAAAUUCAAGUGUACUACUAGGCACACUUCCGGUGACGACACUGAAUGCUUUCAUCCUUGCACAAAGUCCGUUCGGGAGGCGUUGCUCUAGACAGACUCCUGGGUCACUCCGUGACUAGCCAUCCCGAAAGUCUCUUGAUUCUGUGUUUUUUCAGAGUGGUCAUCAUUGAGGUUUUCUUUUCCAGACUCUGCUGUUGGCAAACUUUAUUCAAAGACUUCCCCGGUUGAGUCCUGUUACAGCACUUAUUUUCCAGUUGAAACAUCCUUACCUAAAUAGAUGGCUUAUUUAUCUUGAGAAUGAACAAGGCAGUGAAGUUCCAGUACAAGGGAAGAACUCCCUGAUGGUAUGUUCCCAUUAGAGGCAGUCUUUGCAAUCUGAAGUGAAAGCAGCUUUUCAAUUGUGAUAUAAUAUAGAUUAUAGAUCUUUCAAUGUAAAAUAAUGGUUACAUUUCUGUGUUUUUGCAGACUUCACUGUAUAAUGGGAAACUUAGCUGCUGUUUUGAUUAUAACCUUCUGUCAUUUUCCUUGGAUUUGUAGGUUUGCAAAGAUUCACAUCAGUGUAUCUGAGCCCAUUAUUCCAUUCAGAGAAACAAUCACAAAGCCCCCGAAGGUUGACAUGGUCAAUGAAGAAAUAGGCAAGCAGCAGAAGGUUGCAGUCAUACACCAAGCCAAAGAAGAUCAGAGCAAAAUCCCAGAAGGAAUCCAGGUGGACUCUGAUGGGCUGAUCACCAUGACCACCCCCAAUAAACUCGCCACACUCAGUGUUCGAGCUCUGCCCCUUCCAGAAGCAGUCACUCAGAUUCUGGAAGAAAACAGUGAUUUGAUUCGUUCCAUGGAGCAGCUGACAUCCUCUUUGAAUGAGGGCAAAAACACUCAAGUGAUUCAUCAGAAGACCCAAGACAAAAUUUGGGAAUUCAAAGGAAAACUAGAGCAACACCUAACAGGGAGAAAAUGGAGGAACACCGUGGACCAAAUCUGGUCGUUUGGCCCAAGAAAAUGUGGGCCCAACAUUCUGGUCAGUCAGAGUGAGGACUUUCAGAACUCUGUGUGGACGGCCCCGGCCAGCAGGGCUUCGAAAGAGGCCAGGAGGUACCGGGACUUCGGCAAUAGCAUCGUGAGUGGCUUCCAGCUCGCCACGCUUUCCGGUCCAAUGUGUGAGGAGCCCCUCAUGGGAGUCUGCUUUGUUCUGGAAAAAUGGGACCUGAGUAAAUUUGAGGAACAAGCAGUGAGUGAGAGAGAGAACCAAGAGCAAAGUGAUCAGGCAGGAGAGCCACAGGGCGAGGGUAAAGCCCACCACGAAAGGCAGGAGCCACAGGGUGGCUAUGCGGAGCCCUUGGAGAAGAGGACCUCCCAGAAGGCAGACCCUUCGGUCGCUGACUGCUACGGACCCUUCUCGGGGCAGCUGAUUGCCACCAUGAAAGAAGCCUGUCGAUACGCACUGCAAGUGAAGCCACAGCGCCUGAUGGCGGCCAUGUACACAUGUGACAUCAUGGCCACCAGUGAGGUUCUCGGACGAGUCUAUGCCGUCUUGUCCAAACGAGAAGGCCGUGUGCUUCAGGAGGAGAUGAAGGAGGGCACGGACGUGUUUAUCAUCAAGGCCGUGCUGCCCGUGGCGGAGAGCUUUGGCUUUGCUGAUGAAAUCCGCAAGAGGACGAGUGGCCUGGCCAGCCCGCAGCUGGUGUUCAGCCACUGGGAGGUCAUCCCCAGUGACCCCUUCUGGGUGCCCACCACGGAGGAGGAGUACCUGCACUUCGGGGAGAAGGCCGACUCCGAGAACCAGGCCCGCAAGUACAUGAAUGCUGUGCGGAAGCGCAAGGGGCUUAGUGUGGAGGAGAAGAUUGUAGAGCACGCAGAAAAGCAGAGGACACUCGGCAGGAACAAGUAGCCGGGCUGGUAAACGGGCCUUUUCUCCAUGAUGGGCCUUUGCCGCAUGACCUCCAUAACUCAUUUCAAUAAAGUUGAUCCAUGCAAAUAUUUUAAGGAGAUUGUCAGAGAACACAUUUUCAAAGUGUUUUUUUUAGUUGAUUCGGACUCAAGGCAAGAAGUUGUCUAAGUAUUGUCAUGGUGAGUCACAGGCGUACUGUGACCACCCCAGAGGUAAGAUGGGGCCAGAGUCAGGUGACCCGUCUGGUGCUGGUAACAUGGUGCCCAGAACCCAUGGUAGAGGCAUCCCGUUCACCGAGCGCCACUCCUCUGCCAGUCACCCACCGCUGGUGCGUUCCC